ACUGUAAAAUAUAAAGUUUCAAGCGCGCGUGUGUUCGCUAAAGAGUACUUGAAGUGCGUAUGAAAGGUGUUUUAAAAUGUGCUGCCAAUUCUACAGGCGCUUCAGUUUGCGAGCAGACAACGGAGAGUCAACAUGAUAACAGAACUCCAGUGAUACUCAUCAACAUUGCGCAAAAUUACCUGAAUUUGUGGUUGUUUUUUCGGCAAAGUAAAACGCAAAUUAUAUGAUGUGAGCAAAAAGUUGUACAAUAAUUAACAAGUAUUAGCGAGGAGAAAAAUAAGUGUAUUUUUGCCAAGUUAGUACAAGUGGAAGAGACUAAAGAGAAGUUUUUUUUGUGGUGAUCUGGAAGUCCCCGCUUAACAAGUCAGAAGCUGUGACAUAACUGAUAAAAUUUGACGAUCAAGGCUUUGUGAGAAAGUGCAGAGAAAUGCGACGAUCAUUUGCAAUACCCUGGAUACUGUUCCACUUCAUUCAACUGGUUGUGUCAGACUGUGAUUAUUCGAAAUGUCUCGAUCUCCAUGUGGAUUACUAUCACAAGCCAACCAGUACCGAUGCUGAACUCGUUGAGUGCUGUGCGAACUUAAAAGACCUCUGUGACAAGACUCGAUGUCCUCUGAAACCCGUGGCGUGUAAGGAAGAUUUCAACGAGAUAAUCAUAAGGAAAGGCGUCUGCUGUGAUGAAUACAUUUGCAAACCCCCCAAAGAUAAGUGUGUCGUUCGAAUCGACGGAAGAUCUGUUCUGAAAAGCCUGGGCGACACCUGGGACUCCGAUGAUCCCUGCUCUAAGCACAUCUGUGACUAUGGACCUGAAGGAAAACCAAUGGAGAAGACUUUCAAGGAAUAUUGUUAUCACACUUGCAACAAUGAAUACGAAUUGAAGCUCAUACCAGGCCAAUGCUGUGGUCAGUGCGUGCAGACAAAGUGCAAAUUCAAUGACACUCUAUACAAUGUUGGCGAGACAUGGAAGAGUGAAGAUCGCUGUGUGCUAUACGAAUGCUCCAAGAAGGAAGAUACAGUUUUGGUAUCAGCAUAUGCAAAACAAUGUCCCAAACUUCCCAAAUGCAACAAGAGAGACAUUUACACGAAAGACUGCUGCCAAUAUUGCAAUCCCAAGCAUGGAGCAGGAUUUCCUGCCAAGCAACGAUCAGAAACAGAUGAUGAAGACUACAAUCCAUACGACCAACAUCCCUGCAAGCGAGAGUGUAUCGAUGGAUCAGCACCAAUGACGUGCAGAUACAAAUUCAUUGUGGAAUGGUACGAAACCAUGAGCAAAGCUUGCUAUAACUGUCCUUUCAACGCAACAGACUGUGAUCGACCACACUGCAUCACAGGCGAUGGAUCGAGAAGGAGUAUUUUGGUGGUCAACCGAAAAAUGCCUGGACCUAUGAUUGAUGUCUGUUUAGGAGAUAAAAUAGUUGUUGAUGUGCAGAACAAUCUUCUAGGAGAAACAACAACGAUCCACUGGCAUGGAUUGCAUCAAAGACGAACUCCGUAUAUGGAUGGAGUACCUUUAAUCUCCCAAUGUCCGAUCUCCCAAGAACAGACAUUCAGAUACACAUUCUACGCUGAUAACGCCGGAACUCACUUCUGGCACUCUCACACUGGAGUACAGCGAGGCGAUGGAGCUCUAGGACCCUUGAUCGUGAGACUUCCAUCCUCUCUAGAUGUUCAUUUCAAGCUCUACGAUUUCGAUAAGCCUGAGCACAUGAUUAUUCUCCAAGAUUGGACAACAAUCACAGGAAUAUCCAUGUUCAAUGCACAUCACCAUUCAGUGGGAGAUAACAAACCUAAGAACAUCUUGAUCAACGGGCGUGGUAGAUACUACAAAGCCAUAGCAAUGCACAAACAAGAGGAGGAAGAUGGAGGAAUGGACAUGGCAGCUUCAUCGUCAAUGGUAAGGCCUACAACCAUUCCAGCUCCAGCAACCACCACAGAUCCACCAGUUGAGACUGAAACAACAACCUUCACAACGGAUAUUCCCACAACGACCCGCGCAACAACUCCAAGAACAACCACUACAACUGCAAGCAGCAGAGGAACAACUGAUCCUAACACAGACUUUGAACUUGUUCAAGACAACAUGGAUCCAACAAUGAAGACCUUAUUAGGAGCACAUGAAAGAUACACAACUAUUGUUCGCAACAAGAGAUCUCCAGUUGAUGACUACAACCAAUUCCUUAACGAAACUAAGCAAAUUCCACUACAAAUCUACUAUGUGAACAAAGAUAAUCGCUACAGAUUCCGCAUGGUUAAUGCUGAAUUCCUCAACUGUCCAAUGGAGUUGUCUAUAGACAAUCAUACAAUGCUCGUCAUUGCUUCAGAUGGAUCAGAGAUAGAACCUGUUGAAGUGGAUAGUCUGGUUAGUUACGCUGGGGAGAGAUUCGACUUUGUAGUGCAUGCAAAGGAGAAGCCAGGAAAUUACUGGAUUCGAGUGAAAGGCUUGAUGGACUGUGACGAUAGGUUCACAUCAGCUCAUCAAGCAGCCCUUCUUCGAUACUACGGAGCAAUCAAGGAGGAACCCAAACACAGUCCCACUUAUGAUCAUGUACGAACAGGACGACAACUUAAUGCACUCAAUCGCGGCAUGGAGGACAGAACAACCAUCUCGAUUGCUGAAACCACAUCCGCUCACAGUGAUCCGGAUAAUGGAGUGUUGCAGAAGGAGGCAGAUUUCAAAUUCUACAUCUACUACGACUUCUACAGGAAGAAUAAUACUAAUUUCCAUAUGCCAGGACUUUACGGUUUCGAUGAGGUUCUGCACACACAGCAAAGAGUCUACACUCCCCAACUCAAUCAUAUUUCCAUGAAACUGCCCUCAUAUCCGCUCCUGUCCGCCCGUCACUUGGCCGACGAUACUCAGUUCUGCAACUCCAGCACUCUCGCUAACCAGGGGAUCAAUUGCAAAACGGAAUUCUGCGAGUGCACUCACGUGAUUCAAGUGCCACUUAAUGCUAUUGUGGAGAUGGUAUUGAUUGACGAAGGUGUCACUUAUGAUGCAAAUCAUCCCUUUCACCUGCACGGCAGCGGUUUUCACGUCAUCGGCAUGGAGAGACUGGCUGGAAAUAUCUCAGCUGAAAUCGUUCAAGAGCUAGACAGAUCCGGAAAACUCUACAGAAGACUCAAAGGAGCCCCUAUCAAGGACACUGUAACUAUUCCGGAUGGUGGAUACACGAUAGUUCGCUUCAGGGCAGAUAAUCCAGGAUACUGGCUCUUCCAUUGUCACAUAGAAUUCCAUGCUGAGAUCGGAAUGUCAUUGGUAUUCAAAGUCGGAGAGCAUGAUGAAAUGCUUCCGGUUCCUCAAAACUUCCCAACUUGUUCCGAUUACACCCCAAGAAUCGAGGAAAGUGACGAUGAAAGCUCAUCUGCCCACCGCACUACAGCUAGCAUCCUUUUAGGAACGGCCGCCAUGAUUAUCCUCUCGAGGCUCCUUUGAGAAAACUAUUUCUUGCAAGACUAGCAACUUUCUACUUCCAGUUUCAUGGUCCGCUGUGAAAUGUGAUAUUUUUUAUGCUUCCUUUUAUUGUAUCUUAUACAAAGUAUUUUGUAUGAAUGAAGUCAAAUGAUUGUGUAAUUUAUAAGAAUUUUUUUUAUAUAAAAUCUGCAUCAAGUCAGAAUUUUAGAUAUGUUUUAAAUUGUUUAGGUCAUUUGGAAAAUCAGGUUUUAUCAAACCCAAACACCUAUAGAUUAUUUUUAGGAUGAUUGAGUAGGAAAUAAAAUAUCAAAAUAUUUUAA